AAAUGAGCCAAUCAAUGGGCAUGCUCUGGAGUGCGGGGAACUGCACCCCAGUUAACGCACUGUGCAUGUAUAUGUAUACGAUUUAACUCUGACACAUUUCAACAGAAAGGUCUCCAAACUAUGAUACAAAUUAAGAUUUACAUACUAGUAAUACUGAGAUAUUAUGUGUAUUUUGAUAUUUCAGUUACCCCAGAAAAUAUUGAAAUCAGUUUCAACGAGAUAAUAGAAGGAACGCAAUGUGAAUUUCAAUGUAUUGCAAUUAACGGCAGACCACCACUGAACUCGAAUGUUUAUAUAGAUGGUAAAAAAGAAACUGACACGAUGAAGAAAAUUGACACAGGGGCUAGAAACAUGUUUACUAUAACCACAUUGAUAAUAAAAAAAAUUACCCGGCUUCAUAAUCAGGUUAAGGUAAUGUGCUGCAGUACUAUUGGUAAUGGAAUAUGCAGAACGAAGAAAGUCAAUGUAUUGUUUCCACCAAAAGACAUACAUGUUGAAGAAAUGUUAAGACAAAAUCAAGACAAUGGUAAGACAAGAAUUGAAUUAAAGUAUACUGUAGCGGAAUCAAAUCCAAAAAGCUCUAUUGGUAUGAGUGGAGUCGAAAAUAAUGCACGAAUGUUGGUUGAUAAAACAUACGAGCGAAAAAGUGAAACACAUGGAUGGGCACUUACAGUGAUUUGGACUUUCAAUUUUACAAGAUUUGAUGGUAAGCGAGAGAUAAAAUGUCAAGUAAGAACUGACGGGUUUCCAGAACUAAAUUUAGAACACAUAUACAAGCUGAAUAUUACAUAUUCACCAAUAGUUAACAUAUCUUGGCAAGAAAACAAAGAUAUAUUCGUCGGUGAUGACGUUCACUUGACUUGCCACGUGGAAAGUAAUCCACCGUCAACAAUAUCUUGGUACAAACAGUCUGGUUUAAUUCAAGUGGUUUACGAUACAAAAAGUCUUGAUAUCAAUUUAACAAGCGUCUCGACAGACUAUUCCGGUACAUACACCUGCACGGCACACAAUGGUAUAGAUGGGAUAACAUCAAAAAAUAUAUCACUUAUUGUAAAAGAAUCAAGAAAAGCUAUGGUUCACAGCUAUGUUUUAGGUCUGGCUAUAGGUAUACCUAUAACUGCGGUUCUGACCUCUGUCAUAUCUUUCAUUAUGGUUUAUAAAAGAAGAAAAGGUGCAUUGUUGGUGACCAGAACAGACGGGGUUGACAAUGAGUAUAAUGGAAGCAGAAACGACGAUACUGACUUACAGGCCGGGUAUGAGUCGUUGGCAAGACAGGACUUUUCUAAGGAGGUGGAAAUGUAUACACAACCAGAUAAUCGUAAAUCCACAGAAUUGCCUGUCGUGUAUGAGAAUUCAGAGAUAUGAAGAAGAGGAAACCAAUAAGUGUGAUAUGAAUAUUUUACAUCGUUACCUAAAAUGCUUAGAGACAGAAAAAAUCUAAAUAAUGUUGCUGAUGUAAUUUUUUUAGUAUAACAUUUUGAUUUUCAAUUAUGACAAGUGCAUUGACAUUUUAGACCUUGACGAGAAUCUGAGAAUCUUUUUUCAUUCUAAUUAAAAGUAUGAUUAUCACUUUUUUAAAACUGUAACUGGGAUAACGCUCUUGUGUUCGUAGAUUAAUAAAUUAUUUCAAAAGUAUUUUCACAAUACUCAUCGUAAUAUGCCACUGACAAAUAGGCAAUGUACUAAAUAUAUGUUUAGGCCUAGAUCUAUGAAAUAAUUUGCUCCUACGAACACAGUUCAAUUAUGCUUGUAGUACCCGGCAAGUAUUUUUUGUUUUGUGUACUAGCAAAAUGUUGACAUAGACUCUGGAGAACCAAACGUUGUUCGUGGAAAAGGCGGGUAACAAAUUAUUUGUUAUGCAUUUUGCAUAUCAUUAACGAUAAAAGUUGUUAACAAAAUACAAUAUAUUCAUGGCUAUGGUUUUAAUUGUUGAUUGAAGCUGACUGAAUGUAAAAAAACACUUGUAACUAGUAGAACUUGUAAACCAUGAUAUUAAAUUUGAGCUCCUUUGUUAUCGACAACGGAUUGGGGGACAGCUUUACAUGUUUAUAUUUACAAUUAAAAUAAUACCUCCAAUGGGUGAAAAUGUAUAAUUUUAAAUGUAUAGAAAUGUGACAAUAACGUUUUUUUUUAUUUGUAUCAAGACUUUUAUUCAGUUACAUCUACUGAAAGUUAUAUUGAAUAACUGAUUGGUGUUUGUAUUUUCAAAGCAUUUGUAUGAUAUUCAUUCUUGAUUAUAUAACAUUCCUUCUGGCUGAUUUUAGUUAAUGAGCGAGUAAGAUAAAGUAUAUAUUUGUUUGUAAAAACCAUCUUAUUUAAAUCAGUGCACAGUAAGCAUUUGAGUAUAAUAUAUUUCAUAUAUUAUAUAAGAUUAACAUGGUAUAAAAUACGUUUUGUAUGUAAGUUCUUAUUUGUUACCUUGAAACCUUGUUGCUUUCAUUGAACGCCGCCUUUCCUUGUUGAUCUUGUUCAUCAUAUUUUGUGAUGUAACUAUUUGAUCCUUCCUUUACAUUGCACAAGUCAUCUUUAAAUAACAUCAUGUUAUAAAUAAGUGCCCCAGUUUAACGGCUAUAGGCUUUUUUAUUCACAAAAUACAUAAGAAUUUCAAAACGUUUAUGUCUAUUCCUAACAGAUGUUUAUUCUCCUUGAUUUGCAUGUGUAUUAUUUUAUUAGUAAAUGUUUUUCUCUCGUUUCUUUUUAUUAACAGUUAUUUCACAGGACAUUUAUUUUUGAGCUGUAAAUAAAACAA